AUGAAGUUUGGGAAGGGCGAUUUCGGUUUGCCCUUUGUUUCGCUGUCCACCUUCUACGUCGUCCAUGCUGGAAAGGAUAAAAAACGCAUCAUGGAUCCCCUCGCCAUCAUUGGUGCCGUAGCGGCAUGCUCAGAUAUCAUCAAGAUCAUUGUCAGAAUAACUACAAAUCUCUCAAAGGUCCGAUCCCGCUACUCUGAAGGUAGUCGGUCAGUUCAGCUUUUGGCACAAAAACUAUCAACCAUUCGCGCAGCCCUUACGGAAAUCGAGACAUGGGCGGAGUUCAAUCUGACAUCUAGUUCACCGGGGGAGUCUCUUAUUGUGUGGUUUAGAGUGGCAAUAGACGGAUGCCAGGCGGUCAUGGACGCCUUAGACCAAGACAUCCUGCCUCUGAUGGAGGAUUCGGUCAGAUUGCGGUUGCGGCAAUUCUUUCUCGACACGAAUUCGUCGUUAAAAGAGCAUGACGUUCGCCUUCAAUCACAGAUUUCCGUGCUCCAGCUCCUCCUAACCGCUGCGUACUGCCAGAACAUCUCAGAGCAAAACGCCCUCCUGGAGCAACACACUUCUACACGGUUGUUACGAAAAGUUCAAGAAGAUACAGCCACCGUUAGGGAGCAUUCAACGGUCAGAGAGACCACAUCUGAUCGACUCAGUUCUCAGAAUUAUACAGAGGAUGUCGGUGGUGCGACAUGGGGAGGAGAGUCGCUUGGCACCAUACCAGCCUUGCCAGAGCUCAGCAAUCCAACUGGCACAUGGCAGCGGCCGCUGCCCUUUGAACGACCGGACAAUGUAGAGUUCGUCUGUCCGUCUGAGAAGACAUCGUAUUCCAUGUCAAUCAUCUCGAGGAUGACCUCCAGGUCCUCCCCCACAGGGAGCUCGGACAGUUUAAGCGAUCAACGCAGAUUCUGGCUUACACGAAAGUUGAGCCGCCACUCGGUCAGGCUAAGCCCAGCAAGAUCCGCCCUUCCGGUCCAUCUCCUGUCACCCAAGUCCCGGAAGAGGAUCAAAGUUCCGGGUCCUCUAGCCAGCACCGAAAUCUACCUUCAGUCGCGCCACAACAUACCACCUCCAAAGACAAUUGUCGCGGCCCAGAGGGGUGAUCUCGCUGAAAUGACGUCUCUCAUCCGGCGGCGAGCUAACCUAGAACAGGCCCAUGUCGGCACUGGAAGGACCCCACUGGCUGUAGCAGCACAUUGUGGUCAUGAAGGAGUGGUCGAAUUGCUUCUGGCUGAAGGUUGCAAUGUCAGGACCAAGGACAAGAAUCGACUUGAACCACUUCAUUUAGCUGCGGCGAACGGUCAUUGCGAAAUCAUCGAUAUUCUCCUCGAUAGAGAAGCGGAUGUGAACGUUCGUGGCCCUGACGGAAGGACUCCGCUGCGCAUUGCCUGCGACCACGGUCAGAUGAAUGCCUUUAGAGCCCUGGUGCGGCGCCAAGCAAUGGUAGACACGAGGGAUGAUCAGAAACGUACGCCCCUGCAUGCAGCCUCUGACUCGGGGGACGACGACGUUGUGAGACUUCUUUUGCAAUCUGGUGCCAACAAGAACACAAAGGAUUUCCAGAUGAGAUCGCCGCUCCAUUGUGCUUGCUCUUCUGGCCGUAUUGACGUAGUGAAGAUACUUCUCGAGUCGAAAGCAGAUAUUGAGGCACAGGAUGAUACCAAGAUGACGCCAUUGGGCAUUGCGGCUCAGUCGGGACUGAAACUCGUUGCGGAAAUACUUGUGCAGCACAAAGCGUUAGCAGGGGUCAAGAGCCAGGGCGGUAUGAUACCCCUACAUUGGGCGAGCUACCAAGGGCAUGACGAAGUGGUUGAACUCUUACUCAAGCAAAAGAAGGUUGACAUCGAUACUCGAACAGACAAUAAUAGAACAGCACUGCACCUAGCGGCCAUGAGCAGGAGCUUUGAAGCCAUUGAGAAGCUGCUACGCGCCGGUGCUAACAUUGAGGCUGAAUGUAGUCGGAACUACCGUCCACUGCAUUAUGCAUGCAUUGACACUGAGUAUAGCGAAGCAUCUUUGUUGUUGAAUUUUGGUGCAAAUUCUAGUGCAAAAACCAUCCUUGGGGAGACGGCUUUACACCUUGCAGUCAAGGCACAGGCUACCGCUACUGUGCGAGGGCUCAUCGAAAGGGGAGCAUCCGUCGACUCUCAGGAUGCGCAAGGGACACGGCCUCUGCUCAUUGCAUGUUCGAAAGGUAACCUGGAGAUUGUCCAGCGACUUAUAGAAAAUGGUGCUAAGCUUAGUGUUUUGCUUGGUCCUGGCCUGAGAGGCGAUGCGCCAGUGUGUAUGGCUGCGAGCAGAGGUUUCGUGCCUGUAAUUCAAGAGCUUAUUAAUCAUGGUGCCAGCGCGAGGGAGGUAGAUCCUGGAGGAUGGCAACCUUUGAGACACGCGGCAUUCAUGGGUCAUGUCUCCGCAGUUGGUUGCCUCCUGGGCAAUGGUGCCAGAGCUAUUGAUCUCGGCCCCUUGGACAACCUCUCCUUCUCCUCCGCAACAUCGCUGGACCAGAUAGCCCGCAUUAGAGAGCUUCUUGACAGUGCUGUCCGAAACGAGCAAUUAGAAUACCAGCAUGUGACAUAUCUCGCGUCCUCAGCUACUCCUGCAAAUGCAGAUGGUCCGGUCGAACUGCAGAGUGCUCCCCGUGCACGGAGGGAGCAGGGCCGAAACACGCUUCUCGAAAAUUAUGUGGCACCAGUACAUGAAAGGUUCUCCGAUGCAGGAUAUGAGACGAGAUUUCCUCUCCGCAAUCCGGAAUUACAACCCCAGUAUGGGGGCAGAGCUUCACAGAUGUCCUCGCCAAGCAUGGAUUCUUACAACUCGUACCAACCAGACGUUAGCAAUGUCUUAAAUAUUACAAGCAGUAAUGAGACAAUUGUGCCACAAACACCCGAGGCACAUAUUCCGCUAGUAUCUCAGUUACAUGAGUCUGUGCUAGGCUAUUAUAGAGAGGGUGCUGUGAGUGAGCUAGCUUAA